GAUUAAGUAUUUCAACACCAUAAAAAGGACACUAACACUAACAAAGUGACUAACCCUGGUGCUGCAGUAAAUGUGUCUCACCUGAAGCCACCAGCAGCUGCUCAAUAUGGCAGAUCUGUUCAGCCUGAUAAGUGGAUUCAAAAAAGAUCAGUCCGGAGAGGGAGGUCGCUGUGCAGAGAUGGCUAUGGUAUGCCUGACAGACUUUGAGGAAUAUGCAAAGGAGCAUCUCUCAAAGGCCACCUGGGAUUAUUAUGCAGCUGGAGCGGACGAAUGCUGCACCAGGGACGACAAUCUACUGGCUUACAAAAGGAUCCGUCUGAGGCCUCGGAUCCUGCGUGACGUGUCGGUGAGCGACACGCGGACCACAGUGCAGGGGACAGAAAUCAGCUUUCCAGUUGGCAUUGCACCAACUGCCUUUCACUGCCUGGCCUGGCAUGAGGGAGAGGUGGCCACAGCUCGGGCCACGGAGGCACUCAACACCUGCUACAUCACCAGCACUUACUCCACCUGCUCAGUGGAGGAGAUUGUGGCAGCAGCACCAAACGGCUACCGCUGGUUCCAGCUGUACGUGUACCGGGACCGGAAGCUGUCUGAACAGAUUGUGCACCGCGUAGAGGGCCUCGGCUACAAAGCCCUGGUCCUCACCGUUGAUGUCCCUUACACUGGAAAACGGCGCAACGACAUCCGCAACCAGUUCAAGCUGCCACCACACCUCAAGGUCAAGAACUUUGAUGGAGUGUUUCAGGAGACUGCAGCUCCAGAGGAGUAUGGGAUCCCGGCCAACACCUUGGACCCCUCCAUCAGCUGGAAGGACGUGUACUGGCUGCAGUCCAUCACCCGCCUGCCUAUUAUCAUCAAGGGAAUCCUGACCAAGGAGGACGCUGAAUUGGCCGUGGAACAUGGUGUCCAGGGCAUCAUUGUGUCAAACCAUGGGGGGAGACAGCUGGACGGAGGCCCAGCUUCGAUUGACGCACUGUCGGAGAUCGUGGACACGGUGCAGGGCAGGAUCGAGGUCUAUCUGGACGGAGGCAUCAGGACAGGAAGUGACGUAUUGAAAGCGCUGGCCUUGGGAGCCAAGUGUGUCUUCAUUGGCCGUCCAGCAGUGUGGGGCCUUGCAUACAAGGGUGAGGAAGGAGUGAGGGAAGUGCUGCAAAUCCUAAACGAUGAGUUCCGCCUGUCCAUGGCUUUAUCAGGUUGCAGGAACGUGGCCGAAAUCAACAGGAACCUUAUCCAGUUCUCUAAACUGUAACAGACCAGCAGAGGGCAGCACUGAGGAUCACAACACCCACUGAACAGGACCAAACCAAACCAACAGUGUUGAGCAAGAGCCUGAGACUUCAUCACGACAAAGAAACUGAGAGAUGUUCACCUCAGAGCUCAUGACUUUAUCAUGUCAGGAAACAUGCAAAACAGCCACAUACAAGAGUGUACGAGUGACCCGGUGUCUUGGGGAGGAUGAGGGUCGGCGACAGAUUUAGCAAGUGAAUAAUGAAGGUGUUUUUUUAGCUUUUGGAUUGGAGGGCACAUGAGCUCCCAGUUUGGCCUGGUGCCCAGGCGAACUGAUGAUGACACACACUAUGGUUUGAGAUGCUGACGAUGAUUGUGAUUGAAUAAAAACGCCUGCUGAGGUGACGAAGAUA